GCCGCCCCCGCGGGCAUGGCGGGCUGCACGGUGCGGGUGCAGGGCUUCCCCGCCGAGCUGCCUCCGGACAGGGCGGCCGACAAGCUGACCAUUCACUUCCUGCGAUCCCGCAACGGCGGCGGGGACAUUGCCGACAUCCGGGUGCUGCCCGGGUCCCCGCCCUGCGCCCUCAUCACCUUCGAGGCGCCAGAAGUGGCCCAGAGGAUCCUGAAGGUGAAAAACCACGUGCUGGCAAUCGGAAAGACACGGUACCCACUGGAGGUGACACUGCACGCCGCAGAGCUGAGCCCCGAUGAGAUCUUCAUACAUGUGUGCAUGACAAUUGACUAUGGCAAGCUUGGUAAAACCCUCCUGAAGGGCUUGCACAAAGACUACAGCAAUGUACAGUUCAGCUUCGACUCGCAGAAUAUGCACUGCAUAGUCCAGGGAUCAUUCACUGAGCUGCAGACCUUCAGCAGAGACCUGCUAGACAGCGUGAACCUCAGGAGCCAAGCCAUUGAUGAGAACCCCCUGCCAGCUUCCAGCAGUGGGGCCAAAAAGAUGGGAAUGCAUAAUCACCAGCAAGUGCCUGACUCCACUGAGUCAGCACAAGAGACAGCAAAGCUGCCAAAUUCAGACCAGCAGCAUGAAAUGGCAGCUAAAGUCCCAUCACCUCAGAGCCCAGUGGGUGGGGAAGCUGUGGAACUUAUGGGGAAGCUGGAGGACUUUUCCCUAGCAAUGGACUUGGACAUUUACUUGUACAUGCAGAGGUUCUGUGCUGCUGAGUACCAAGGUGUGCUGCACCGACAUCACGUGGAUGUGGUGGAUGUCAGUGGCGAUGGCAUUACUGUGUUGUACCUCCAGCCAUCUGGAGGGCUGACUGGGGACACAGAUGCCUUGAGACAGGCCCACGUGGCCCUGCAGCAGCUCUACCAGCAGCUGGAGGUGAGCCUGUGCAAGGAGAAAGUUGCUAAGGAAGAGCUGGGAAUGGACAGCCAGGCACUCAGUGCUCUGACUUGUGAGCUGAAGAAGCUGUAUCCCCAGUUGCUCUGCCAUGAGGAUGUGAAGCAGCUUUAUCUCGUUGGAAACCUUGUUGAUGUGUCCCAGGCCAAGCAGUUCCUUCAGGAUUCCAUCACCAGGAGAGGUGCAGCACACACAGGUGACACGCUGAGCAGCUCCCAGCCCUCUGGCACCACAGAGGCUGCACAAAACCUAGCCAAAGUGCCUGUGGACACUUCAGCCACAAGACUUAGCCCAAGCAGGCCAGAGCUGAAAGGUGAGUUCAAGCUAGCUGCCAACUUCAGCGCUUUGAAAGCUGACAGAUCUCAGGCUGGCCACGGCCUCUUGCUGAAUCAGGACUCUCCAUCGGUGGGAGAGGUGCAGCUUUCUGGGAAACAUUCAUCAGAGACAGAUGCUCCUGGUCUGAGUGCCUCAAGGCCACCGACCCAGCAGUAUCGGCCUCCCACUCCUGUGACAGAUAAAGUUCUGGGGUCAGCAGCAGAGCCUCAGCAGAACAACCCCACAGAAAGGGACCAUGCAGAAGGAGGCACCAGGCUCACAGGAAAAAAAGCGUCGUUGCCCCUUUUAGGCAAAGAAAACAGCACUUUUCAGCAUCCUGAGGACUCCAAAGGCUCGGGUCCCAUUGAGCCCCAUUUCCUUGUUGGCAUGUCCAGCACCUGUGAUGUGACAUGGACCUCUUUUGCUUUAGGCUCCAAGCCCUCUGCAGGCAGGUCUCUGCUGCGACGGUCCAACAGCUUCUCCCUACCAAGGUCAAGGGAAAGCAACAACUGCAGAGACAGCAGCAGCAGGGCCAGUGAGGAAAUGAGCCUGGACUCUCUGCAGUGGUUUUACCUGAAAGAUGUCUGCCAUGCCACUAUUGAUGAGCUGUGCAGGGCUGGAGGGGUGCAAAUCUCGGAGUGCCACGCUGGGGACUGCACAGUGCUGACUCUGCAGGCAGCAGACAGCACAAGGCUGUUACAGGCUAAAUGGAAGUUGGAACGUCUUGUGCAGAAAUGCCCUGACUUGGUGUGUCAGAGUGUGAGCUACUCAGAGCUCGCUGUCGAUGGUCCUGAUGACAGUGACCUGAGUGAACUGUGCAGCCUCUUGCGAGGAAAAUCCUUCCAGGUUGGACUCAACGUAGACGAGUACGGGCUCCAUCUUGCCUGCCCCAAGGAGGUUCUACCAGGAUUGACUGAGGCCUUCCACAUGUUUUGUUCCAGGAGGCUCUGUGCCAUGAAGUCUUCAUCCAUUUCUCCUGGACCAGAGAGUAUGGGGAUAUCAAGUGUCAUCCAGCCAAGCAGAAGCCCAGUGCUGGAUGCAGCCCAUCCUGGCAGCCUGAAUUCCCUACAGCAGCUGAGCAUCAGCAAUCAAGCAGACUCUACAAAUGUGCUCAGGGCUCCCUGGGUGCCAGAGGCUGAGGAAAAGAGGUCCCCCAGUUCUUGGAGGUUUCAGCAGGCCUGGGGACAGCAGGAGGCCAGGGGCCAUAUUGAUCCUGGGUUUAGGAGAGGAGGAAUCAACCUUCUGAGCCUUGGUGGAGGGGAUAAGCCAAAUCCUCCUGGCCUGAGGGAGCCCCAGGAACAGUGGAAGAUAAAACUGUAUUUGGGGGAGCCUGACACCAACCGGCUAAAACAAGUCUUGCCAGACAGAUUCCAGUUUGCAAGAGACAAGAACAGAGGAGGCCACAAUGAAGCAAUGAGACAGCAGCACUGUCCAGUCCCUGCAGCUGAUGGAGCUCCUCACUCUAUGCCCACCUGGCUAUCCAGGGCCACAGCUGCUGAGCCACCACCAGCUGUGGCCCAACAGGCACCUGCAGCAGAGCUCAUGGAUCAGGGAAGGGACCAGUUCCCAGGGGGCAGGAGAAAUGAGCAGGAGGAGCCUGACCUCCCAUCACAGCAGAGAAGAGACCCCAGCCCUGGACAGGAAAGCAGCAUGAUCCCUCUGGACCAGUGUGAUGCUUGCCAGGGCUCAGGUGUGACCUGCCAGGGCCCCUGUGGUCAUGCCUUGUCCAGGACAUGUUUUGCAGUAGACAAUACACAGCCAGAUUGCUGCAGAUCCCCCCCAGCUGCCCCAAGCAGCAAGAUCUUGGGGACAGUGAAGAUCUCCUCCCUGUCUCAGAGCCUGCCUGGAUACUAUCGGGACCCAACACUUCAGCUUGCUUACAGCAUCCCUGAUGGUGUGCAAGGGGUUGGGGACCCUCGCCCAGGACACCCUUACAAAGGGGGGAAUUUUUGUGCCUUUCUGCCUGAUAACAAGGAAGGGCUGAAGACAGCAAAGCUGCUGAAGAAAGCAUUUGAUCGUGGGCUGACAUUCCAGAUCAAGUCCUGCAAUGGAGAGGAAAGAGUAACAUGGGGCCUUAUCCCCCACAAAACCUCCUGGGAUGGAGGCAAAGCCAGGAAUGGCUACCCGGAUGCCCAGUACCUCCAUGAGGUCGGCAUAAUUCUGAAUAAACUGGGCCUUAUGUGAUUCUCCCACAGCCUGUGGCUUCCCUUUACCUUCUUUUCCUGCUGAGAAAACUGCAGCUUAACAGAGACAGCUCAGGAAAAAGCAUGUGUUUGUCAAAGGAGCGCCUGCAUUCCCCAGAUGUAGCCAGAAAUCUGCACAUUAGCAAAGAGCAGCAUCCCAUCCCUGCCCCAUGCAGGCCUCAGCACGGAUCAGGGCUUCCCAGAAACUCCAGCUCCUCUCAGAUGUGUGUCCUGCCACCCAGUCACAGAGCUGACUGCAGGCUGAGCCCCAUGUGGCUUUCAGUAGCAGACACAAACCUGGGCAGGAGUCUGCACCUAGUCCAGCCCCAGCUUCUGGAAGUCUCUUCCAGCUCCUGCCACUACAGGCAGGUUCCAGCUCAGCUGCUGCCAGAGCUGGGGCUGGAGAUGAAUUGUCUUUAGUGUCAGCUCUUCACGCUGCCAGCUCAGGCCCCAGCAGACAGCCCCAUGCUCCAGCCCCUCCCCAGCACCUGCUCUGAGGCCAGCAGGUGACCUGGUGCUCUCUUGAGGGGAACAUUAACAGCUUUCAGCACCCACAGCAGCUGCCUCCCAGGGACAGGCUCUAUGCUGACAAAUAAACAGGAUUAAUUCUCGUGUUUGGUAGUGGCUGUU